UAUUUUCUUUAUUAAAAGUAAAGUCCAGAGAAAAACGUCAACAGUGAUGUCGUCCUCCCUGUCUGAGGAUGAAUUUCAUCGAAUGCAGUUGCAGUUAAUUGAUUUGAGAACAACAAAUUAUGAAUUGGAUGGAAAGUGCAAGAAACUUGAAAGAGAAACUAUUGCUUUGAAUGAGAAAAAUGAAACUAUAGACAGACAAUUACAGAAUGCAAACAAGGCAAUUCAAAAGAGCAAAAAGGCAAAGGAAGUUGAAGUCCUAUUACAAGAAAGUGAUAACUUACAGAGAAAGUUACUGAGUCAGGAAGAUGACUUUAGAUUACAGAAUCAAACAUUGAUGCAAGAACUCACUGCUUUGGUAGCAACAAAUGAAGUUUUAGAAAAGGAAUUAAAAGAAUUACAGAGUGCUAAAGAUACAGUUGUGACCACUGAAAACACAGACAACACAGAGCUGGAGGAUGAAAUUAGAAGAUUACAGGCACAAAAUACUGUACUGCAGAAAAACUUAACAGCUUGCCAGGAUAAGUUUGAAAAGUUACAUGAACAACUGAACAAAACAGAGUCGUCCACUACUGGUGCUAAUGAGACCGAUGACAGUGGUCAGCAGGAAGAUAUUGGUACAGAGCCAUCACCAAGAGCAUUAAAGGUUGAAGAUGAGGUGCAGGUUUCUUCUGAGGAACAUGGACAUGAAAUUAAUGUGCUGAAGUUACAACUUGACACCUUGUUAGAAGAAAAGAGAAUGCUUAGAGAGAAGCUAACUACGAUAGAGAAUGAAAAUAAAGUAAAAGUUGAUCAUUUACAAGAUGAAUUAGAUAAGACAUCUGAAAAGUUAAAGAAGAAACAAGAAAGCUUCAUCCAUUUACAAGAAGAGAAAGAAAAUCUAUUUAAAGAAACAAACCAAAAACUAGAAGAAUCCCAGUCAAGUAGAGACAGAGACAAAAUAUAUUAUACUGACCAGAUAAAUAAACUGCAGCAGGAAGUUCAAAGGAGUAAACAGUCAUUGGAAGAAAGAAAUGAAUCAUCCGACCAAAAUGUUAAACAUUUACAGAGUAAACUACAAGCUCUCCAACAACAGAUUGAUGCAUCAGACAUUGUAAAUAGUCAGAAAGUUAAAGAAUGUUCUACAAAGUAUGAACAACAAGUAGAGGAACUCAGGAAUACAACUUCUAAACUACUUCUAGAGAAGAGUGAUCUAGUCACUCAGUUACAGGCCAUUAAAACUGCCAACCAGGAAACUCUAGACCAGUUAUAUGCUUUACAACAAGAAAGAGAAGGACACAUUCAACAAUGGCAAGAAGUCAAUAAGGUUGCAGAAAAGCGAAAGUCCAUGUUAGAUGAGUUAGCUAAUAAAUACCAGAGAGACAGCGCCAGUCAUCAGGAGAAGUUACGUCUAAUGGAAGAAGAACAGGAAGCUGAAGUCAGAAAUCUACAAACAAAACUCAAUACUGAACAUAAAAGGGUAACUGAAUUAGAGAAGAUGAAGUCUCAGUUUGAGGAGAUAAAGAUACAAGUCAGCAGUUUAGAGGAAGCCAAAGGAUGGUUGGAAAGAAGACUAAAAGAAACUGAGGAACAAUUUAAUUUGUAUAAAGAAGAGAGAGAGGCAGAGAUGACAGAUAUCCUCCAGAAACAUGAUAUAGAAAUAUCUUCUUUAGAGGAAAAAUUCCUGAAGGAGAAAGAAAGUGCUGCAGAAGAUCAUUCAUCUAAGAUAAAGGAAUAUGUUGAAAAAGAAAAGACCCUUCAGACAGAAAUGGAUGAAGAAAAAGAAAAAGUAGUAAAGUUACAACAGGAACUAAAAGAUGGUGUAGAUGAGAAAAAAAUUCAUGAAAAGAAAGGUUUAAAAACAUUAAAAGAUCUGAAAAGGCAGUUACAUGCAGAGAGAAAAAGGGGAGAGAAACUACAAGAUAAACUUCAGGAAGUACUAACGGAUACAAAACAUAACAAAAGGUCUUACUCAGGUGUAGAAGAAUUGCUGAGUUCUGUAGACAGAAAUGAUUCUUUGAUAGAGGAUAGAAGCUCGGUAUCUUCGUGGAAUACAGGAUAUAGCCAAGCCAACACCAGUAUAGUCAGUUCACCUCAGUCACCAGAAAAAUCUGAUAAUUUCCCCUCAACAUCCAAUGAUAUACAUGUAGAAGAACACAAUGAAUUAUUAAAUAGAUUAGGAAAUUUACAGCAGGCCAAAUGGAACUUAGAAGAAAAGGUUUCACAUUUAGAAACUAGCAACUCUGCUAUGGCUGAAGAUUUAAUACAGAAAACCAAGAUUAUAGAACAUUAUGUCAGGGAUACUGGGACCAAAAAUGAUGCGAAAAUACAUCCGCCACAAGAUGACAAAAUAACAUUGAAAAAAGUUUUAGACCUUGUAAAUAAAUCAGAUGAACAGAAUCUUAAAGAUAUGAAUAAAAAAUUGCAGAGAAUGUUAGAGGAAACCCUAACCAAAAAUAUGUGUUUAGAGCAGAAUCUUGAAGCGAUGUCUUUGGAAGUUGUAAGAUUGAGCAAGCUUCAACCUGCAGAUGUUCAUAAUGAAAAGCUUAAAGUAGAUACAGGUGCUCGUGCAGCGAAUAAAGUCAACACAGAGUCUAAAAUAAAUCUUAACCAUUCCAAUUCAGACAUAUCAGAGGAGAAAAAUAAACUCUCAGAAGCUACCAAUAAACAUGUGACUAGUAAAGAAUCCUGACACCAACCUAAUCACCAUAUUACACAUUGAGAUUAUUCACCACGUUUUGUCCAAUUUGAUAUAAAAGUACAAAUCAUGCAAAGAAGAAGAGUUUUUGAGAAUAGAGAGUAUUUGCAUUGACUUGUGCAUUGUUAAUUGAUUCUGACAUAGCUGAAUUCAAAUUGUAAAGAUACGAAUAUGUGUGAAAAAGUGUAAUUUUAUUGAGAAACAAAAUAUUACUGUGAGAAUUUUACAUUUAAAGAAAAGUGAAAUUUUACAGUUAACUCAA